AUGAAAAAUGUUGAGGCAGUUGAUAUUAGAGUGAAGAAAUAUUUAGAAUUGGCUGGUUAUGAAAAGUGGGCUAGGUCCUAUACAAUAUUUUAUCGAGGAUGGACUUUGAAUUCAAAAAUUGCUGAGUCAAUAAAUGGAGUACUUGUAUCAGCUAGAGAACUGCCAAUUUACAAUUUUCUAGAAGAAGUUCGAUUGCUUUUUGAAAAAUGGAAUUGUGAAAAUAGAAAGGAGGCUUCAUAUAAAUUCACCACACUCAUUGAUAAAUUUAAUGACAUGCUCAAAGAGAACGAGGCGUUGUGUACUCGUAUGACGGUUGUACCAGUCACAGAAUAUGUAUACACGGUGCAGGACAAACAAAAGAACUCCAUUGUUUGCCUCAAGAAAAGAACAUGUUUAUGUAAUGUAUUUCAACUCGAUGAGAUACCAUGUGCACAUGCUUGUGCGGUGUUAGAUAGAAAGAAUUUUCAGAAGGGUCCAUACUGUUGUGAUUUGUAUAAGCCAAAAAUUGUGUUGAAUACAUAUGAUGUUCCAAUCUAUCCUUUACCACACCAAGAUGACUGGAUAAUUCCAGUUAGCAUACUUGGUGAAAUUGUAUUGCCUCUAAAGUACAAAUGUCCUCCAGGAAGACCUGCAAAGAAGGAUUGA